UAGUUUGUUGCGUCUCGCGCUCUCUCAGAGCCAGGAAAAAAGAGCAGGUUUUUAUCGGAAGGCGGCCGAGGGCUGGCCGGCUGGGAGCGUAAACAAAAGGGAGGAAUCCGCUGCGGAGAGUAAAAAAAAAAAAAAAGGAGCGCACUGGCCUUGGGAAUUCCACGACCCGGAAUCUCUUCGUCCCCUUCUCCCUCCCGAAUAAAUUGAUGACCCUGUCGCCUUUGAUUCCUACUACAGCUUCCUCAGAUCUGCGAUCCUUACCCCCUGGGUCUCCUCGUCGUCCCUUCGGCUCCAAUCAGGGAGAGGCUGCUUCUUGGUUUCUUCCAUCCCAAUGAUUUUGUAGGUGGGGUCUGGAAGCUUUCGGGUGGUUUGGUGGUUGAGCCGAGCCGAAGGUGGUUCUGCGCCGUUCUUGCCGGCUGGAGUUCGGAGGUUCUGUGCUGAAGCCUGUGUUUUGUUUGAUUGGAAUAAUGGAUUUGGUGCGGAUGUUUGGUGUCUCGAUUGAUUCUGGGAACUGGGAGGUGGGCGGUGGUGUGAACUUUGCUUUCCUUUGAUUGCCGUGGUGCUUAAUUCGAACCCGUGGAGCUUUCUUGGGUGAAAAAGAUUGAAUUUUGGGGACCAGGGGAUUGGUCUCCAUCGCAGGACCCUUCUUGCUGGUAGGUUCGUCGCCAUUGGCGCCGAGCUUCCCUGUAGUACGCUCUUUGCUGCGUCGAAGUCGGCUUUGGCGGAGAAAUUUGCUGCUUUGCGUCUGCUUUAAGCUGUUACAUUUGCUGACCUUUCUCCCCAAAGGGCUUGACCUUUUGAGUUCGGGAGCUGAUUGGUGAACUGGUGAUCGACGAGUCCCGGAGUGUUGGUCUAGCAGCGCUAUCAACAGCACAUUUCUGGCUUCUGUGGAAGAAAAGUCGACCCCUGUGCAGAUAUUACUUUCUAGUAUUAAAUUACUCCUAGUGUUGAGCAAAGAUUCUGUUUUGCCAAAAGACAGUGCUCCUCUUUAUAUCCUGUCCGGAGCUCAAUACAGUGCUCCGAAUCCAUAUUGGCGUGUUAGGAGUGGAUAAGUAUCUUGAGCUAUACAGACGGGUGGAACAAAGCCAUGGAUGUGCCUACGCCUUCCAACCGUGCUGGAUGCAAUGGCAACAUCAGCAGCCCCAUGGGUUCUUCAGAUGAUCCAUUUGGUGGUGCAGCAAUGAUGAACUUCGAUGGAUACUCAGAGCUCUGCAGCCCUUCAGUUGCUGAUCAGAUAUUCUCGCUGCUGAAUGAUCCCUCUGCUGCUCAGCAGAUGUUUGCUAUGUGGUCAUCCUUGGGAUCGUCACCAUGUGCUUCUGAGAUGAGUGGAGAUGCGCUGUUCGACACCAGUUCCGGACCUUUGGACAUGGUGGCAGCACCUACUCAAAAGAUCAAUUUGGCGUCACCGGUGAAUUCAGCUGAAGCAGACAAGGUAAAAAAUUCAGAUGAGCUUGUUCCGAAUAAUGGUCCAUGGCAGGGGAGUAACAUCAUUCCGAGGCCUGUCGUGGGCAACUUACUUGCUGACAAGAUGCUCAUGGCAUUGUCCCUGUUCAGGAAGUCGUUGAGCGAUGGUGUUCUUGCCCAAGUCUGGAUGCCUAUCCAGCAUGAUGGCCAUCUCGUGCUAAGCACAUGUGAGCAGCCUUUUCUACUUGACGAGGUUCUUGCAGGGUAUAGAGAAGUGUCUAGGCAUUUUCUGUUUUCAGUAAAGGAGGAACCUGGGCUACACCUGGGGCUUCCAGGAAGGGUGUUCAUAUCAGGGGUGCCAGAAUGGACCUCAAGUGUUCUCUACUACAGUCAGCCAGAGUACUUGAGGAUAGAGCAUGCUCUCCGUCACGACAUACGUGGGUCACUUGCAAUGCCGAUUUAUGACCCGAGCAAGGGUUCUUGCUGUGCGGUGCUUGAACUUGUCACAAACAAGGAGAAGCCUGAUUUUGAUGCUGAGAUGGACAGCGUUUGCAAUGCCUUGCAGGCUGUGAACUUGCAGACAACAAUAGAUCGCAGCAAUCAGAAGGUGUACUCUGAAAAUCAGAAAUUUGCCUUCAUCGAGAUUUUGGAUGUUCUAAGAGCUAUUUGUCAUGCACACAUGCUUCCGUUGGCCCUUACAUGGGUUCCAACAUCAAAUGACAUUGAUAGUGGUUCUGUUGUUGGAAACGAUAAUGGCAUUGAUUCACAAUCAGGAAAGGCAAUACUCCGUAUCCAUGAAUCAGCUUGUUAUGUUAAUGAUGCAAAGAUGCAAGGCUUUCUUCAUGCAUGUGCUGAACAUCAUCUUGAGAAAGGACAGGGUAUUGCAGGUCGAGCACUUAAAUCCAAUCUGCCAUUCUUCUCGCCUGAUAUAAGGGAGUACAGUAUCGAGGACUACCCGCUUGCACACCAUGCUCGAAAGUUUGGUCUUCAUGCUGCUGUGGCCAUCCGGUUAAGGAGCACAUACACUAGCAUUGAUGACUACAUACUAGAAUUCUUUCUCCCAGUCAACUGCAGAGGUAGUGGAGAACAGCAAAUGUUAUUGAACAACCUCUCCAGCACAAUGCAAAGAAUAUGCAAAAGUUUGCGAACAAUUUCUGAAGCAGAGGUUGAUAAAGUUGGUGCAUGUGCUGCAGCAAUAUAUAAGAACACUGAGGAAGGUUGCUUGCCAAAUGGCCACUCUAAAAGUUCGCCGAAUGAUGAUCAGCCAAUCACAGAAGCGGCAUUCCAGGAUCUAUCCUUGGUCGAUAAGCGAGGAGACAUGGAACCUGAGCAGGCACAGUCUAGUUCAGUGGGAGUUGCAGAGAAAAAGCGAAGCACUUCUGAGAAGAAUAUCAGUUUGGAUGUUCUUCGCAAAUACUUCUCUGGGAGCCUAAAGGAUGCUGCAAAGAGCCUCGGUGUUUGUCCAACGACUUUGAAGAGGAUAUGCCGACAACAUGGAAUUUCACGAUGGCCAUCUCGCAAGAUAAACAAGGUCAACCGUUCAUUGAAGAAGAUCCAAACUGUCAUUAACUUGGUUCAUGGUGUCGACAAAUCCUUGCAGUACGAUCCUGCUACUGGUUCUCUUGUUCCAGCAGUCACUCUUCCAGAUAAGAUGCUGUUCCCUGCUUGCGAUGCUUUGCCUACCCCAUCUGCUGGAAAAACUGUGGAGGAAAAACCAAGCCCAAAGUCUGAACAAGGUAUUUCUUCACCUGAUGGAUGGCAAAGAGAAAGCUGCCAAUUGCAGCUCUCUAGCAUACAGAAUAGAGAGGGUGAUGAAUUUUGCAUAUUGGCAAGCAACUAUGAUGGCUUGAGAAAUUAUGCUUCUGAUGAUGCAAUCGUAACACAGCAUUCUGACUCUAAAGGCACACAAGGUCCACUAUGUCCUACGAGUGCUGUUAAUUAUCUGCAUCUCAAAAAAUCAAGUUACAUCAAUUCUUCAACCUGCCUCCGUCCAAGCACCGAGAGCAUUGAAAAUCAAAUAGUGGGAAAGAACUCAUCAUCUGUGCAACAAGCAGAUGUCGAUAUGGUCGACGAUCAUGAAACCAAGGAGCACACCCAUCCUUCUACCUCUAGCACGACAGAUUCUUCUAGCGGCAGCGCAUCAAGUCAGCCUACUUUCAAGCGGAACCCAGAACAUGCCCUUAAAGACAGAAGCAGCCCUGUGCUGACAGUUAAGGCCACCUACAACGGAGACACUGUGCGCUUCAAGUUCUUACCAUUGAUGGGCUGGUAUCACUUACUGGAAGAAAUAGCAAAGAGGUUCAAGCUGCCAACCGGUGCGUUCCAGCUCAAGUACAAGGACGACGAAGACGAGUGGGUGAUCCUGGCGAACGACUCUGACCUCCAGGAGUGCGUCGAUGUCCUGGACUCGAUAGGUUCGCGCAACGUGAAGCUGCAGGUACGCGACCUCCCAUGCCUCAUCAGCAGCUCGGGAAGCAGCAGCUGCCUGCAGGUGGAAGCGCAUAGCUCAUGACAGGAUGAGAGGUGUAGGGCACCACCCUAAAAAAUGUAGCCUAUUGUAGUAGGUCUAGUCUUUGACGCAGCAGCAGCAGAUGAAUGUGUUAAAAAGCGCAUGUGGUGUCCCACACAUGUAAUGUGCGAAUUGGGAGAGUAAAAAAAUGAAGUGAAAUGCUCGUCGCAAAUUGGGAACAAUGUUUACAUACUCUCGAGAAGGUCAUGAUAAUAAUCUGUUGUCAUGACGGUCUGUGAGGCAUGUGUAUCAGAAAUUCAGAAUGCAGAGUCCUGCUUCUCUGCUGUAGUGCUGUGCAUGCUGAAGGAAACCGAGUCUGGACGGAAGGGAAGCCACUGUUUAUAGUGGACUGGUCAGGAGUCCAACUGAGAGGAACAAACAGUACGCCCUUUCUGUCAGAAGGGGAGUCCAUCCAGUAGUAUGAGCUAUCAACGAUGCAACUUGCACCAGGUAUUCUCAGCAGUUCGAAAUUCGGAAGCACUAUCAGAGUAUCAGUAACAAUCAAUUGACCUGCACGGUUUUCCUUGGUACAGCUCUAUCUUCGUCUGAUUUCUCUAUUUAGCUACUCCAGUGAAGACGUGCUUCUGACUUUGUAAUGAAGCGCAAUUCAGAAGGGAGCUUGGCAAAGUCAGAAGCACGUCUGUUCCUCAUCGAGCAGAUCCAAGAAUUGAAUGAGCCUGUAAAAUCUGGCUUCUUUGUAUGGUGUCCUGAUUGCUAUGCCUAGGAUGUGAUCACGUUACUACAUCCGGCUUAUCGGUGUAUGAUGUCGUCAUGCUGUAAUCAUGACAUCUCAUAAGCAUUGUUCAUGCUAUCGUAUAAGCAUGAAAUUGGUGUU